AUGUUACGCUCGCUCUCGUAUCCGGUGGGCCGGCAUGUAACCUGGCAGUCGGCCUCGGAGACCACCUUUGCCGGGGCUCGGCUGUCGGCCUUGCGCCAGCUGUCGACCAUUGCCCAACCACCGAGCGAUGCACCCGCCGAUGCAUCCGCCGAUGCAUCCGCCGCUGAGCCUGACCUCCAGUCUCCGGCCACCGUGAAACCCCUGGAGACACGCCGGCGAGCCAGCAAGAAGAAGACCCUGCUGUUGCAGUUCGGCACAAGCUCCGACAGCUGGUACAGUGCAUCCAGUGCGCGAUCCUGCUCGUCCAUCAUCUCGGUCCCGCCGAUGGUCCCGCUGUCCACCCUGCUGCCGGAUGCCGACCCCGGGGCCACGGUUCCCCUUGAUGCCAUCCCCUCGACCAACUUGGUGGAGGUGGCCGCCGCCCUGGGCAUCGACCGGCCAGUGCGGAUAACCGACGCACACCAACUUGGCCUCCUGCCCUCGGUGACUAGCGUGCUGAGGAUCGCGGCCCAGCCGGGGAUCGCCGAGUGGCGGCAAUCCCAGCUCCUGACUGCCGCGCUGGAUGUCAACGAGCACCUCUGGCAGCGAGGCAUCCGGGUCCUCGGGGUCCGGCCCGAAGCAUCGACCGUGCUCAACUCCCUUGGCAAGGACAUCACCUCGGUGGCCACCCCUUACGUGAAUGAUGUUGUCCGGGCCACGGCUCGUGUGGCACAACACUCCAUGGAGACCGACGACAUGGCGGCCGAUGACCCCACAGUUCGAUUCUACCCCGGGCCCGAGAACAACGCCGAGCGCCAUCCCUUCCCUCUGCCGCCCGCCGGUUGGGCCGAGCCCGCCCCGCGGCAUGUCAUCAAGCAUGUCCUUGAUAUUGGGCACUCGCUGACCUGCGAGCCGGCCCUGCCGCCACUGACCAGCACGCUGGAACCCUCCGAUGAGCGUCUCCGUGCGAUUGAUCUCGCUCCCGAGGGCGAAGAUUUGGCCGCUGACUCGGAACUCCUGGACAUUUUGUCCCAACUGGACGAUCAAGAUCCCAUGCCGCCACGGGCAGCCGACGUUGCUGUUGCCCCUGCUUCCCAGGACGAAGAUCGGCCAGAUGCCGGUGCUGCCGCCACCACCGGCGCUGCUGUGUCGGCCAGCCCCUCGGCCGCCAUCCAGGCAGACCCCUUUGACGAUGGUGAUUUGCUGGCGGCGUUUGCUCGUGCCUUCGACGAGGAGAAGGAUAUCCCCCUCGCCGCGAGUCCCACGAGCACGGUUGACCUCUCGAUCGAUGAUCUACCCCCCGGGAUUGAUCCCUCCGAGGUUGCCCCUCUGUCGAUGGACCUGUUGAUGGAGUUCCCACCGAUGGCGACACCCCGCUUCGAUGCUCCAUCGGCGACUCGGCGUGUUCGCUCGACACCUCCCAUGCUGGUGGAGACCUCCCAGCUGCCGGCCUCCCUGUUGGAAACCCGCGAGUCCUAUGAUCAGGAUGCCUUUGUCCGGGACACGCUGGCUUUGUUCUACCGGCGGAAUCGCCACUACUCGGAGCUCGGAUCACUGGUACACAGCCUGGUGGAGGGGACUCUGCGCGAGUGGCAAUGGGCUCGGGCCUUGGACAGCCCAAACCCGGAGGCCAUUCUAGGCCCAGGACUCGGACACUUCUCGGCCAUCGGCGGCCCGCCGGCCACCGAGUGGCCCAACAUUCUGGACCCCAUUCGCCAGCAGGUGCUUGCGUGGGUGGAGGACAAUGUCGAACGCAUCGAACUAUUGGAGCCCUCUUUCGCGCACCGGUAUGGCUUCGGUGGCCGAGCGGAUUUGGUAUGUGUGCUGAAGCCGCGCUUGGACUUGGGGCUCGCCCCGGUCCGGGCAGUGGUCGACUUCAAGACGCAGAAUGUCCAUUCCGGCCGGCGGCCACGCUUCCCCGCAGACUGGGCUGCCCAACUUAGCGCCUAUGCCGUGGGCUUGCGCCGGCCGAAUGCGGCUCUCGUCAAUGUGGUGCUCAAUGUCUCGCCUCUGGGUGUGGGCCAACUUUACGAGAAGAUCUGGACCCCGGGCCUCCCAUUGGCCUUGGAGGAUGAGAUUUGUCCGCCCAGCCGGCUGGAGCCAUUGUCCCAGGAGUCCGAGUGCCCUGACGGCUCACCUGCCUCCACUCCCACCGGGACCAAGGGCACGACGAAGGGUCCUCGGAUUGGGCUGAAUGCUCCAUACUGGCGGGCCUUUGUUCACUCUCUGCACCUGUGGUCCGGGCCAUUGGGGAGAAACUACUCCCCGGGGGUGGCCCUGGCAGCGUCUGGGCGUGCUCGUGUCCCCGGCGAAGGGCCGGACCUGGCUGGCCCGCGCGACGACAUGGACAUUCCCCUCUCCUGGGAGGGUGUGAUGGCUGAUGCCCAGGAUCCGAGCAUCACGCGCAUCUUUUCGGAAUUCCCCUCCAUCGAUCUGCCGGCUGAGGAGGGCCCGAACACCGCCAUCACCUGGUCGCUCGAUCCCAUCGGGCCUGCCUGA